AUGAGUUAAAUAGUUCCAAAAAUAGCAAUUUUAGGAGGCGGUGUUUCAGGCUUGUCACAGUCUUAUUACUUGCAUAAAAUGUUGAAAAAGUGUGACAUUAAAAUUUUUGAGGCUUCAAAUCGAGUAAGUGGAGCUCUCUAAACAAAAAACGAUGGAGGAUUCUUUUUCGAACAAGGUCCUCGCUCAAUAAGAAAUGGAAAUACUAUUUUUGAGGUACUUAAAAUAUGCGAAGACAUAGGAGCCUUAGAUCUCAUUGUCCCUAGUGAUAAUUUUGAUAAUGCAUAUGUUUAUUAUGAUGGUCAACUGAGAUAACUACCAAGAAAGAUGGCCGCAGGACCUUUAUUUAAUUUUAUUAAAGAUAAUCCCAAACUAGUUUCUUCAGCAUUCAGAAUAAAUCGUGCAAAAUCAUCAAGUUACAAGGGUGAUUGCAACAUGGAACAAUUUGUAUAAAAUAAACUAAGAUUUGCUGGUUUUUAAUUUACUGGAUUAUCAGAUUUUAUAAAUACACAUUUCGUUAAUUCAUUCGCAAAAGGUGUUUACAGAGCAGAAUCUUCUGAUCUUUCUUCAGAAUUGUGUCUUAAAAAGAUACAUAUAAAGGAUUAUAUACAUGAUUAUAUAGACCCAACUGAGUUCAAGCAUCCAAAAUACUCUGAUAAUUUGUAAUAGUUUAUCUAGAGUAAGAUUAAAAAAAGUGGAUCUAUUAAUUUUUAAGGAGGGAUUUAAACUUUUCUUUUCGAAGUUGCAAAGCAUUUAGAAAAUAAGACAUCUACAUAAAUAGAACUAAAUUCACCAGUUUAGUAAUUGAUAUUUAAGGACAAAAAGAUUCUUGUUUAAAGUGGAAGCAAUAAUAAAGUUGAAGAAUUUGAUUAUGUGAUUUCUACAUUGAAUGCACCUCAAAUAAAAUAGAUCCUUGACAACUCACAAGGCAACCAAUAAAGAAUAAAUCAAUUAAAGACUGAUUUAAGUUCAAUCAAAUUUUUGCCUAUGGUUUCUAUUAAUUUAGGCUAUAACAAGCCAGUCAUCCCUAAAGAUUUAUACUCCUUUGGUUAUCUGAUUCCUUCAAUUUCAGAUAAAAGUUUAAUUGGAGUUGUAUUUGAUAGCUGCUCUUAUCCUACUUUAGGACCCAAAGAUACAACUAGAAUUUCACUAAUGUUUGGCAACAAGAUUGAUAUUAACUCUCCUUCAGAAGUUUUUAUAAAAGAAGGUUUAAAGGAGUUGGGAGAAUAAACUGGAAUUACAGAAAAACCAGAUAAAAUUAACUUCUACAAGUGGGAGCCAAGUUUUCCUGAAUAUAAUGUAAAUCAUUAUUACAAAUCUCUAAGAAUGUUAGAAACUGCUAAGCAUAUCCAUUAAAAUUUCUAGUUACACGGAAGAUACUUAUUUACUGCUGCUAUUCCUGAAUUAGUUUUGCUUUCAAAGUGUUUUGCAACUCAAAUAAAUUCUCGUUUCCAUAAAUGA